UCCAGCGAACUAACCAUGCCUGAUCCAGUUAAGGCCCCGAAGAAAGGCUCCAAGAAGGCCGUGUCUAAAGCCACCAAGACCGGCAAGAAGAAGAGAAAGACCAGGAAGGAGAGCUACGCCAUCUACGUGUACAAGGUGCUGAAGCAGGUCCACCCCGACACUGGCAUCUCCUCCAAGGCCAUGGGCAUCAUGAACUCCUUUGUGGGGGACAUCUUUGAGCGCAUCGCCGGUGAGGCUUCCCGCCUUGCUCACUACAACAAGCGCUCCACCAUCACCUCCAGGGAGAUCCAGACCGCCGUCCGCCUGCUGCUGCCUGGUGAGCUGGCCAAACACGCCGUGUCUGAGGGCACCAAGGCUGUCACCAAGUACACCAGCUCCAAGUAAAUCUGCUGUUUGUACCAACAACUCAAAGGUCCUUUUCAGGACCACCCACACCUUCAACUGAGAGCUUGAUUCCUUCAAAAUGUGUGUUCAGUUUUCUUUGACUGUAAAUCGUGAUUGUGUUGUCAUACUAAACCGUUUCUUGUAGCGAGUUAAAGAACGAAGAAGCAUAUUAUCAUAUUAAGCAUUGUGAGAAUUUGUCGGUACAACUGUCGUCUCUUAUAAAUGUCAUUGAGAGGCUCGACCGUGAAUUCUUAAGCGUUAAAAAGUCCUAUGAAUCUACCUGUGAAUUCUCCCAAUGACCACAGUAACGAGGACCAAUGAAAGCACAAAGGAGCGACUGACUUUCAUUCUCUACCGGAGUCCAUUGAACUAAAUAUGGCUGCACUGUAUGCUUUGGCCACAAGGCGUCGCUACUGCUGCACUAAAACUUGCAUUUAACUUCAGCGGUUGUCCUGACAUGGACAAAUCACAAUAAUCCAUGUUGUUUUUUUGUUUUUUUUACAUCACAAUGAAUAUACAAUAAAUACGUUGAUACUAA